UCUGACCACAUCAGCUGUACUGUGAGAAACAAACGUGAUCAUGCAGUCUCCUGGAAAAUCUCUGAAGGAAGCUCUGCUCUGCGCUCAGAGCGAGGACCGACUCACUGUUGGAGUGUAUGAGAGCGCUAAAAUUAUGACUGAUGACCUGGACAGUGUGUCUUUCUGCGUCCUGGCCACGGAUGAGGAGUUCGAGUGUGACAUCGCUCUCCAGAUCCACUUCACCCUCAUCCAGUCCUUCUGCUUCGACAACGACAUCAGCAUCGUCAGAGUGAGCGACAUGCAGCGUCUGGCUGAGAUCGUUGGUGACAAGGCGGAGCAGCUUGAAGACGCUCACUGCGUCCUCAUCACGAACCCAGCUGACGGGUCUUGGGAGGACCCUGCUCUGGAGAAGCUGCACCUGUUCUGUGAGGAGAGCCGCCGUCUGAACGACUGGGUCCCUGAGAUCAGCCUCCCCGAGCGUUGAUCUGGGCCUCGGCUCCUCUCUUGCUCAGAUGCUGUGAAGCUUCUUAUCUGGAAAUACUCAUCCUGAUGAACAGGAUGAACCUGUUUCUGCUCAUCCCUGGAUACUCCUGAGGAGGAUUCCCGUCCAGGCAGCACGGCGCCGGCCCGAGGAGGGCCCCCGUGAACCGUCGCCUCUUGUCCCGUCCAUGCCAAGAUGACUCUCAUUCUUUAUGUGAACGAGGUCAGGUAUGCCACAAGAGCGACACAUCGACCCUCAUUCUUUGUGCGGAUGAGGUUUGGAGAGGAAGGAGAAGCGAGUUCUGCGUCCUGUGGUCCCACAGAGCAAAUGUCGCACGUUGAAGCACGCGCAGCAGGAGAAGAAGCGGUGCUGAGGAAGAGGCCUUCUUAAAAAGGGACUUUUUAAAGAUGUCCUCUUCGCUGAGCAACAUGACAACAGUUGCAGUCAGCGAAAAUGUUUCCCACUUUCCAGAAUUGUCUUAAUUCUCUAAAGGUUUCACUUUAGAAAUUUAGCAAUGACAAAAAAAACCUUAAAAAAGUAUAAGAAAAGAAAAUCUAAAGGUUUCACUUUAGAUAUUUAACUUUGAGAUAAAAAAAAAAAAUA